UUGUAACGACCGAUGGGCAGGCUCGUGUCGUGCCGACGCGGCGACGACCCCGCCGCGAGCGCACAAGGCUGAGCGCCGCCGUUCGCCCAGGAGCCCAGAGCCGGCGGUGAUCGAAGGACGUGGGAAUUGGAAGGCAUCGCCGAUCGUCGAAGGCCGGGCGAGCCGCGGGGUGUCGGAAGGUGGCCCUGGGGCCCUGGGGUCGCCAGGACACGAGCCUGCCGCAGCACCCCCGACAGGCCUGCGCUCGGGGAGGAAGCAGAACACCGCGAGGCGCGAGGUGGGCGGCCCGGCCCGGCCUCCGGGGCGCCCUCGCCGGGGCCGCGGGGCCGUGGCAAGACUGCGCGGGAGGAGGACGCGGUCCCGAGUGGUGGGCUCGGACCGCCAGGGCACCACACUGCGAACAGAAUCGCGGCGGAGGACGUCGGGAUUGGCAGGCACACCCCUGAAAGUCUAACGCCUGGCGCUCUCGGGCCCGUGCCUGCUUCGGUGCGCGUGUCAGCGUUUCGCCCCCGCUGCGGCUCGUCGGGACUCGGCUGAACAUUGCUGCGGCAUGCCAGCACAGCAAGUGCAUGAGUGGCACAAGACUGCGCACCGCACAAUGCGAUGGUAAACAUAAACGCACGCAUGCGGCGAUCGCUCUACAACACCCCAGUAUUGGAUGACUGCCGCUUCUUUUUUUGUUCACCGCCUUAAUCUGCCUGGGGCAUUUGGGAAGGAGGACAUCAAGCGCGAAGCGCGCCAUGCACAUACGAUUGAUUAAAGAAUGACACGGGGACUGUCGCUCGAUGCUCUUAUAUUCUGUAAUCAAAUGCAGGUUGCCACUGCGAGGCGAGGCCCGUCAGCGUGGCUGCGCGAAAAAGGAGGAGGCAGGAAGAACCAGGGGGCUGCGUGGCCACUGCAGCUGGCCGCUGCCGAGUGGGACAAGGUGCACGCGCGCUGACUCAGCCAUUAACGGUCAAAAAACAUCUCCUCCUGGACAUGUUCCUCCUGGUCCUGUGCCAGCUCGAGCAGUUCCAGCGCCUUCCCGGCCACCUCGGGGCCGCCCAUGGCCUCGGCGGCGGCGCCCAGCGGGCCGCACGCGGCCCCGCGGACCUCCCAGUCCUGGUCCUGGGCCAGCUGCAAAAGCAGCUCCAGCGCCUUCCCUGCCACCUCGAAGCGGCCAACCUCGGCCACGGCGGCGAGCGGGCCGCACGCGGCCCUGCGGACCACCCAGUCCUGGUCCUGGGCCAGCUGCGAGAGCGGCUCCAGCGCCUUCCCGGCCACCUCGGGGCCGCUGACCCUGGCGGCGGCGCCCAGCGGGCCGCGCGCGGCCUGGCGGACACGCGGCAUCUGGUCCUGGGCCAGCUGCGAGAGCAGCUCCAGCGCCUUCCCGGCCACCUCGGGGCCGCCAACCUCGGCGACGGCGGCGAGCGGGCCGCACGCGGCCUGGCGGACGUUCCAGUCCUGGUCCUGGGCCAGCUGCGAGAGCAGCUCCAGCGCCUCCCCGGCCACCUCGGGGCCGCCAACCUCGGCGACGGCGGCGAGCGGGCCGCGCGCGGCCUGGCGGACGUUCCAGUCCUGGUCCUGGGCCAGCUGCGAGAGCAGCUCCAGCGCCUUCCCGGCCACCUCGGGGCCGCCAACCUCGGCGACGGCGGCGAGCGGGCCGCGCGCUGCCUGGCGGACGUUACAGUCCUGGUCCUGGGCCAGCUGCGAGAGCAGCUCCAGCGCCUUCAGGGCCACCUCGGGGCCGCUGGCCUUGGCGGCGGCGCCCAGCGGGCCGCGCGCGACCCCGCGGACCUUCCAGUCCUGGUCCUGGGCCAGCUGCGAGAGCAGCUCCAGCGCCUUCAGGGCCACCUCGGGGCCGCCAACCUCGGCGACGAAGCCGAGCGGGCCGCGCGCGGCCUGGCGGACGUUCCAGUCCUGGUCCUGGGCCAGCUGCGAGAGCAGCUCCAGCGCCUUCCUGGCCACCUCGGGGCCGCUGGCCUUGGCGCUGCGAGAGCAGCUCCAGCGCCUUCCCGGCCACCUCGGGGCCGCCAACCUCGGCGACGGCGGCGAGCGGGCCGCGCGCGGCCCCGCGGACCUUCCAGUCGCCCUUUUGCUGGGCCAGAUUCACGAGCGGCUCGAUGGCCGUCCCGAGCGCCUCGGGGCCGCCAAAGAGUGCCCAGGCCAGGGCGGCGAACUGCUCGCGCACGACCUGUUGAUGAAUGCCAGUGCCUGUCGCAAGGAGGGCCUGUUUGAGCGAUUUCGUCAGCGCCUCGACGCCGCCGCCGGCCUCGGCGAGGGCGAUGAGCUCUUCGAGCUGGCGGCCUGAGGCUAUGGCCGCGAGCACAUUGCUGCGGACCUACUGGUUCGGGCUUCGUGCCAAGCGCAGCAACAGACCUACAACAGCCUCGCACCUGCUGCCGCAAUCGAUGCAAGAUUUGGCGUGAGACAUCAAUGCCAUGCACGGUUUGAUGGCGUCGCUUCCGGAGGCCGCCAGUUCUGCAGCUUGCAGCGCCACCUUCAUCCACUCCAGCGCGACCUUCAAGGAGUUCUGGAAGUACUCAUCGGCAUUGAAAUCUCCAAACGGUCGAUCGUAGAUGUCGCGGAGAGCCUUUUCGAACACUUCCUGGAUUGCGUCGUGCUCGUAUAGCAGUGUUUCCCUCUCCGCCUCCCGCUUCAUCUCGCGCUUCGCCUCGCCCUGAAGGUUCCGGCACAUGUCUUCGACCACCUUGCGCCCCUUCCCGAUUACCUCCUCGAUAGUCGAGCAGGUGAGAUUGAGAUUCAGGCGAAAGGAGACCACCAGGACCUUGUCCUCGACCGAUGUGCCCAAAACUUGCAUGCUGGUCAGGGAGGGGGAAGCGCAUUUCCUUUUCAUGUGGGCACUGCGAGAUCCAGCUCAGCUCGGCGCCCCUGUCGAUCAUGCCGGUCUGGAUCUCCAAGACGGUGCCUGCGCUCUGGCCCGACGCGUGCUGCAUGGCGACUUCACGGUCCGUGGUUGUGCUCAUAAAUCCGUAUUCGAUGCCGCCCUUCACUCCGGCGUCGUCCUUCCCCCAAAAUUGUUUCGGGAGACGGCCGCCUUUGGUGCCGCGCAUGACGGUGCAGGCCUUGGACGUCUUGCUGGCCUUCGCCAGCGCUGAUGCCAACACGUGGAUGGUUGUCGCGUACCGAUUCACCGCCGCUUCUUUGCUGCCGCCUGGACUGCCUCCGCACAAUCUCUGGAACCGGUCGCGCAUGACCUUGCUGGGCUCGCGCUCGCACUCUGGCAGAGGACCCCCGCGGCACACGGCGUUGUAUUUCUCGAACAGAGGGCCCGAGUACAGACACAGAGCGACGGCCUCAGCCAGCAGCAGGGGCUUCUCCCCAACCUCCCUGAGCUCCUUGUUCUUUUUAGCCAAACCACGUAGGAUAUCCUGUCGAUUUGUGGACCGGGGGGUUCCAGUAUUUUCCGUCUCAUCUGGCCACUGCAGCGGCGGGCCCACCCCCAGAUGCACUGGUUCCUUAAGUUUCUCGACCUCCUCCUUAGGCUUCUUGACGUGCUGUUCCCACUCGUCCACUUCUUCGUCCGUGGCUCCAAGACUGCUGGUGCCCUUCAACUGGUCGAACACGUCCUGAAGCACCAGGAGGAACUCAUUCCUGGACGUGGUGGUAAUGCCAUAGUUUCCUGUCUUCCACUCAGACUUAGAGUCCACAUUUUCGCAGUGGUCGUAGACCAUACCUUUGAGGACGUCUGGAUUCGGGGGGCCGAUGCGGAACUCCAGACCCUGGAAGAAAUCCGCCUUCGUGCCGAAGUCGAACUCGAACCCCCCGUCGGCAGCGAACUUCUCGUUCAGGGCCUCGCCUGCGGCGGCUGCACUGUCCACGAGGGCGACGCCGCGCUCUACAAUGGCGCUGGCAAGCUUGAGGCUGAUGCCGUUCUGGUCCAGCUGGUGCGCGAUGGCACGGCUGGUCGCCUCUCGGUCCUCCUUGCCAUUCCGGCCCACGGCCGUGAUGAAGGCGAGGGAGCCCCCUGGCCAUGAAAGCUCCUGGGGCACCAGCGCCACGGCCACGGCGGCCACGGCGGCACUCGGGGCACUGCCGAGCCACGCCUCGAAGUUCCAGUCGGGGCACCCCGCGUCAGCGACUUCGGCUGCGGUCUCCCAACUGCCGACGAAGCUGCCGCGCCCGUGGGGCCUCCCGUCCGUGCCCAUUCGCCGCUCCUCCCCGGCCGCGCGCACGAUGUCGCGGAAACGCUCCGCGUCGGCCGACGGAGCCCACCGCCGUGGGGGGCCAGCCUGCGCGGCCUCUGGCCCUGAGGGCACUGCCAGAGCCGCCCUGUCGGCCGCGGGCGCCUGCAGCUCGUCGUGGAGGCCCUCGCGCUCCCCGGAAGCGGUGCCGAGGGAAUCCUCGUAGACAACGCGCAGCGACUCGGCGUCGAGGGGUUGGACGGCGCCGCGCUCGGCGCCGCCUGGCGGCACGCGGUCCUGGAGCACCCGGAGCUCGUCGGGGAUGCGCUCGUGAUCCACGGUGCGCUGCACAAGCUGCGACGCCGUAGCGCUAUGCUGGCUUGGACCGGUUGGUGAUGUCGGGCUUCUGCUGGGCGGCAUCGAUUGGCUGCCUUCUCCCAGGGCGGCCUCGCAGUCGGUGGUAAUGGCCACCUUCACAGGGAACAAGUUUCCGCCGCCCUUAUCGGCGAAAUCUUUCAAGAACGCCCAGGCUUCAUAACACCGGCACGCGGUGUCCACCAGGACGAGGCUCGUCUCGGGCACCUGGACGUCGUGCAAGAACGCGCAGAGAUCGGCCGCACUCUUCAGCAGGCAAAUGUCCUCGAUCCCACGCCCUGCUGCGCUGGCUGCGCGAGCCAGCUCGGCCUCCUGAGGGUCGGAGUCGUCCACCCGGAUGUACCACUCGUCCUCGUCGUGGGCACAAUUGUGGUGGAUGCUCUCCGCCUUGGCCUCGGACUCCGGGCUCAAUGGCCUCUUGGCCCGUGCGCCACUGGCUGGCUGCGGGAGUAUGGCCGCUGCUGCUGCUAUAGCGCCCUGGCCGCUCGAGAGGCGUGCGGCGGCCUUGGGCGAAGGCUGACUGCCGGCGCUGGGCCGGCUGCUGGGCUGCGAGGGGCGGGGCGAGUGCGUGCCCGCAGGCCUGGCGCCGGCAGGGCUGCGGAGGCCGAGGCCUUUGGGCUGGCCGCUGGACUGCGACAGGCGGGGCGCGCGCGCCCCCGCGCCCGCGGGCUUGCGGCUGGCGAAGCCGUCUGCGGUCAGGUCGGUGGUGCUGGUGCGCGCAGCUGACUGCGGCGCGUCGGGUUUACCCACGGGUGCCUUGGUGGCCCUCGCGGCUUCCCCACCUCGGUCGCUGCUGCGCGGUGGCGGCCGGAAGGCGCUGCCCAGCUGGCUGGCGGUGUUCGGCUCGACUGGCUGCCGGCGCUGAUGCGGGCCUGCCGCUGGCCGCUGGCCACUGCCGGCGGCGAGGGCAGCCUCGGUCGCCGCAGUGCCACGCGCCGCUGAUGGGAGGCCAGCGCUGCUGGAGGGCUUGGCCGGCGGGGGGUCGAGCCGAGGCUCGGCGUCGUCCUGGUUGAGCAAGCACCCAGUGCUCGUGCCCAUCCGCGGCGCAGGGCGGGCUGCGCGGGGCGGGCUGCGCGGCCCGAAGCCGGCGCCCGUGCCGCGCGAGGCGGCCGGCUGCCCCGCGCCCCGGGGACCUGCCGCGGGCGUGGCGCUCUUGGGGCCCGCGGCGCUCUGCCGCGGCAGGACAGGCCGGUCCUCUGGGGCGCUGCGCCGGGCGCCGCCGCUGGGGGGUGCCAUCGCGUCGCCCGAGGGCGAAAAGGUGCGCGUGCCGGCGCGCGCGUCGCCCGAGGGCGAAAAAGGUGCGCGUGCCGGCGCGGGGUGGCGGGCGCCUCAAAGCCUGAGUCAGCGCUGCUUGAGCCAGGAUGACU